AUGGAGCGACAAACGGAUCUUAGGGUCCAGCUAAAUGCCGAGGAAGAGGAGCGGCCAGUCAUUAUUCGUGCUUGCGACAUGUGCCGCAAGAAGAAGAUACGCUGCGAGCCCACUUCGCAAGGAUGCGGUCCAUGCACCAAAUAUGGCACAAGGUGUCAUUUUACGCCCAUUGCAACGAAGAGGAAGCCUCGCAGACCAGCUGGCUUCAGAUAUAUCGCACAGCUAGAACAGAGGCUUCUGGGAGUAGAGGCUUUGCUAGAAGACAGGUCAUUGGGUAAGCCAACUGUGACUGACAUCAAUCGGCGUAAAAAGCAGACGACACCCGUAGCGCUACUGAACACAGCAGCCGAUUUGUCUACGCUUGGAGGUUAUGUAACCGACGGUCUGUGGCCUCAUCCCGCUCCAGAGCUGCGCCCAGCUUCUCUUCCAGCCCUCCAGCCGCUUCCCACAAAGGCAUUCGCUCAAAAGUUGGUCGAGGACAUGUUCAGCAACUAUAAUAAGUACCUUCCGCUAUUCGAUGAAGAGGACUUCUUGACAGAGUUUCACCUCAAGUAUGAGUCUUCCAGUCCUCGUGACGCUGGUUGGUGGGCAUGCCUCAACGUUGUGCUGUCGAUAGCUCAUCGCCUCCGCUCCAUUCGCGCAGCGGACCCGACGCAGGACCACAAUCUAGCUUAUGGUUAUGUGCACAACGCCUUCAGCGUCAUCUCCGAGCUCAACGUCUCGGACCGCAGCCUCUCUGCCGUCCAGGCCCUGGCGGGCAUGGCUUGCAUUCUUCAGGGCACACCGGAUCCCGCGCCGGCCGCAAUGCUCGUUGCCGCCGCUCUACGACUGGCACAGGCCAUGAACCUUCACAGGGAAUGUUCCAGUCCGGGACUCACUGAGGCAGAAGCCGAGAAACGGAGGCGGGUGUUUUGGAAGGUGUAUAUACUUGACAAGGAUAUCAGCCUGCGGACGGGUCGACCUUUUGGUCAAGAUGACGAUGAAAUGGAUGUACGUCUGCCAUCAAGCUCAAGCUUUGAGGAUGGUAACCUAGGCCUUUUCAACUGUCGGAUAGGGCUUGCGCUUGUCCAGGGGCAGGUGUAUAAACAAUUGUAUUCUGUACGGGCUGGACGGCAAACGGCAGCCCAGAGAGCAAUUGCGGCACAGGAGUUGAGCACUUUGUUAUCAUACUGGAAGUCCAGCGCGCAAUCCUAUCUACCAGAGGACUCCACGACGUUGUCAGGGCUCCCACUUUCAGGCGAGAUGAUCCACAAGGUGGUUCUACGACUCACAUAUCUCCAUUGCCUCACAAUGAUUGAUCGACACUUGGCCCCGAUGGCGCAGCCUUCCUCCUACCUACAGCUCAGCAUGUCAGAGCGGUUGUCAUCAUCGCCCCCAGGCAGUCUAUGCGUCACCGAGUCACGCAAAGCGAUCCGGCUCGUCGAAGCCAUUCCUCAAGGAGAUUGCGCCUGUGUCUGGAUGCUUCUUCACGCUUUCUUCGCUGCAGCCAGCAGCAUGCUUAUCAACUUGUCACGGCAUCCUUUGUCGCCAGACGCAACUUCAGAUCUCGAUCUCGUCGAGCCGUUUCUACGCUUGUUGGAGACACUGGCCAGGGAUUCGAGCACACUCUCUCAGUCCGAGGAAUUGGCGCGAAUGCGUCGCACUUGUAAUCGCCUGAACUUCGAAGCAAAAGAGGCUAUUCACCUUUUCAGUACAAUGCCUCCGGCGACCCUAGCAUGA